UUUUGCGUUGUCUCUCGUUGUGUGCAAAUAUCCCACACGGGAGUUAGACGUCUCUUCUUUUCACGGUUCGCACGUUGUGCGUGCAUAGGCGUGUGCACACGCGAACGCACGUCAUUCAUAUAUGUAUGCAUACGUGCGCGCCCCUGAGUAUUUUCCAUGGGUGUAUAUGCACAGCUUGGUUAACUUGGUGCUCUCUCUUCGUGUAUAUGCGUGCUCUAGUGCGGUACGUUUACGCAUACUGCGUGCCAUUGGAAUUCACGAAAAAGUACACGAACUGUGUCCUGCUACCACGCCGUUGGAUCAGCAAAUCGGGAUAUACAGUGUUACACUCGCAUGCCCAUCGCUCCCCUCGGCCAUUUAUACUUGAAGUUGCGCCAAAAUGGGCGCUAUCAAAUAAUUUCAUGCAGUGGGAUUACAUACAAGAAUUGGUAGCACAUGGUGGUGUGCCUGAUGUAUAUGAUUUACAUCACAAGGAAGAAAAUAUAGGUGUGUCUGAUGUAUAUGAUUUAUGUCACAAGGAAGAAAAUAUAGGUGUGUCUGAUUUAGAUUUAACUUAUGUUAAUCAAUUCAUAAAUUUCAUACAACCAAUAAACAAUAACAAGAUCGCAAACUCUAAUAUCGAAAAAGAAACAGUUGAUAAAUGUUUCUCAGAAUUUUCAGAACUUGUGUUUAAAAAUCACAAGGAAAGUUAUAGUACCUGUCACAGUGACGAUAAUAAAAUAAAACCAACUAAUUUAUUAAAUACUAACAAAGUCAUAGCCACUUAUUCAUUUUGCAAAAACAAAGGUGAAAAUUUAUCUGAUACAAAAAAGGAAAUUGAUCAUCAUCAUAAAAUUGAUUGUAUUCCCUGCUUGUCAGAACAAUCACAUAUUACACAGUACAAGACUUUGUCCAAAAGUUUGGAGCAGUAUAAAGAUACUUACAACCUUUUUUGUGCUUCUGAAGAAGACAAGCCACUUAAUUUAGUAAAAAAACAAAAAGAUAACAAAGGUUGUUGUAAGAAACAAAGUGAAGAUAAAAAGAAACUGUACAAUUUUACUGAUACAAAAGUAUCUUUAAAAAACUGUGCUAUUUCAAAUCAAACAAAUAAUUCCUUUAACAUAGAGAAUUGCUACAACACAAAGUACAAGGAAAUAGACUAUGGUUUAUUAAAAUUCUCAGAUUUAGAUGAUUUAUCUUCUAAAUUAAAAACUGAUAAUACAUUAUUUAAAGCUCCAAAACAUAAAUUAUGUAAAAAUUUAGAAACAAAGUUAAAUUGUGUACCAAAUAAAUACUUAGCGCAAGAAAGUAUUCUUUCUGUUGAUAAAUAUUUGAACAAUAAAACUUCAGUGCUUCUAUAUGAAAAGAAAAAUACAGAUCUUUCUUUUGUACAUUCAUCUCUGAAUGUCAAGAAUACAAGUAUUAAAAGUGAAUCUUACUCAGACGAACAGAUAAAUAAGUCAAAGAACGCAUAUUUUGUAAGUACUUGCAAACCAAUAUUAAGUAAUUGGGAGGAUUUCGAAAUGUCAGGACAAUAUCCGGGUCAUAGCCGACCUCCGGUGGGCACACCUCCACCUCAGACAGUUUGGAAUCAUCUCACAAUGGCACAGAGUCAAGUUUCAGGCUUAAACAUUCAUCCAACAGCCUUAUCAGGUGCUGCAUUGAGUCCAGCAGGAUUUUACACACAUCCAUCUAUGGCAAGAGCAUCUCAUAUAACAUCACAACUUACACCACAACUUGCACAUACUCAAGCACCUCCAACAUGGCAUACACCAACUGUUCCAUCAAAAACUGUUACACCAGCCAAUACACCAGGGAAUCCUUUGUUCAGUUUACAAAUGCUGGUAGAUAAUAGGCAGAACCAAAGUCAGUAUAGAAACUCACCAGGUUCACAAAGUACACUAGAUUUAUCAUCUACUUCCGAAAUUAUUCCUGAGAAUUAUUCUCGAGUACCUCAAGACAUCCCAAUAAGUUUAACUGCAAGGAAUGUUGAUAAGGGUAGCAGAAAUGGAAAUAUUAUUUCUCCCCCAAUACCUCUGAAUGGAGAAACUUCAUCUGAUAGUGGAAUUAGUUCUUCAGUUCCAACACCCAAUUCUGUUAGUGAACCAGUUUCACUUUCAACUAAAGAAGUUACAACACCUAAAAUAACAGUAAAAAACUUUGAAAGCAAUUUAAAAGGAGUGGCAAAUGUUCAUGAUAAAAUUAAGGAAAUUAAUGUAGAUAAUUUUACGCAAAAAGUUAUAAACUUACCACCUAGUGUAACAAUUGAAAGGGUACUUCCGGAAAAAAAAGAACCUGAAGUUACAAAAAAUAAAGAUACAUUAAGUGUUAUUGCACAAGUACCAAGAAAUGUUUUACCUGUUAUUGUAAAUCUUACCUCUAGAAUGGACAAAGAUGUGACAGAUAGUCCGAAAAGAGAAUCGUCUUCAGAACGAGAUCGAAAAGUCGAAGAAACGAAUGUCAGGUCACCUAAAAAUUUACCAAAAAGAGGCAAAAAGGGUGUAGAUUCUUUGUUAGAAAAAUUAGAAGGUGGAAACAAAAAACUUGGCAGUGCAGAAAAUAUUGGAUCUGUUAUAGUAAUGCCAGUAGAAGAAAAAGAUACAUCGAGUGUCAAAAGUAUGUCUCCUGAUAGACAAAAAUCGAAAUCUCCAAAUAGGGAAGAUGAAGUAGUAUCUCCGGCGUUUAGUAAUGACGAUUCUAACGAUAAUACUAAACAACGCAGAAAAAGAAAACUAGAGAAACCUGUACGACUUAGUAAAGACUCCAAAACAGAAGUAGAGGAUAUGGAAUUAGAACCUACAGAGCCAACAGAACCUAGAACAGGUGAAUCAAUACCAGAAGAAACAACAAAUGCAACUCCAGUUGUAAAAUUAGAAGACAACAUUGAUACAACAGAACAGAGAAUAUCUGAAAAAGCUGUAGAAAGUGUAGAAGAAACAAGUGAAGAGAAUCAACCUAUUAGAAGGCGGAGAAGUAGUGAAAGUACACCUCCUAGUUCGACACCAUCGAAUCAGAGGGUUAGAAGAAAAUCUAGCGAUGAUGCUGCUGAACUUUCAAAAGUAACAAGUCCAAAACCUGUAAAUAAUACGAAUCCGUUUAAUGAAGUUGAAUCAGAACUCGAAAAAAUGUUUGCCGGUAUUGUUGAGACAGAGACAGAUGUCAAGAAGGAAGAAUCAAAAUCAGAUCUUACAGAAUCUGAACUUCAGGCCGGUAGCACAACUAAAGUCGAAAAUUUAGAAAAUAAUGUAUUGCACGCAAAAGAAACGCCAAAUAUAAAUCCUACUGAUGUUUCAUCUACAGUCGAUACUAAAAUAUCUGGAAAGAAAGGAAAAAAGACUAAAGUACAAGGUGGUAAACGAAAGAUGUCUAGAUCAUCUGAAAAUAUUUUUGGAACUGUCGGUAAUGAUAUACCUCAAAAGGAAAUCAAAAAAAGAAAAAUAUCUAAGAGUUCAAAAAAACAGGACGCCUCAAAAAAGAUUAAAAAAAAUGCAAAGGUAGAUGGAAUAAGAGAAAUGGCAUACGAUUCUGGGUCAAAUGCAAGUUCUAUUAGAUCUCGUGGACCUGUAGUUCAUGUUGAAGGUCCAAGGGACAGCCCAUUAAGCAUUCAGGUAGUUAAUGCUCCACGGGAAGAAGAAGAAGAGAAAAGUAAAGAAAAACGAAAAAGUAUUGGAAACGGUAAUGCGGGGAGAAGUAAGAGACUCAGUCAUCAAAACGAUUUAGACUAUAGAGGUAAAGUCAGUAGAGCGGGUCUCUUUAGUUCAACAUUGUCAUCGCGUUAUGACGCGCACACAACAGAUUCCACAUGGAUUUGUGUAUUUUGUAAACAAGGUCCUCAUUCUGUAAUACCUGGGGAUCCUGCUCGGCCACAUCCUAAUUUAGCUGGACCACAUAUAGCACCUGGAACAUACACUGUUCCAGCUGGCGUUUUGAGUGAUUUAUUUGGGCCAUAUUUAAUUGGUAAAGAACGUUUAGAAGACGGUAUUCUGUCGGCGGAUGAACAAGAGAUUACCACGGAACAGAAAAAAGGUGGUAAGAAUAAAAGAAGUCUGAGGUAUGCUGGUUUAGCUGAUCAGUUCACUGCUAAAAUGGGUAAAAAGAAAAGAAAUUCCAUUGAAAGUAAUACCAAUGCCAUGUUUACUGGAAUGACCGUACUCCCUGGAGAAGAACAACGUUGGGAAGUGUGGCUUCAUGAACAAUGUGCCAUUUGGGCAGCCGGAGUGUACAUGGCAGGUGGAAGAGUAACAGGUUUGCAAGAAGCUGUAUGGGAUGCAGCAAAAUCGAUAUGUGACUCUUGUGGCUUAACAGGAGCAAAUAUUGGUUGCGUUAAACGCGGUUGUAAAGCUGUUACGCAUUAUCCUUGUGCAUUAACGAAAGGUUGGCACUUGGAUACUAAUCAGUAUAUACCGAAGUGCAACCUUCAUCGGGUUACGUGAAACUUCGCAUUUAAAAUUUUUGAGACGUUUUAAAAUUACGCUUUGCAUCAUUCGAUGCAUAAGUGUGUUUGAAGUGUGAAAGUAUAAAUGUCAAAUGUAUAAAGGACAGACGUAUGGUAAUUUACAUACACGAAGUAUCAAUAUGCUCGACAGAAAUAUCUUCCAAUGUACAAGAUGUUCAAACGAGAAUGCUGUUACUGUCUUAAGAAUUUCAAAUGAAAAUGGAAAUUAACGGAAAUGAAGAAGUGGAAGUUCUCGUUAAUUAAAUUCAAUUAAUUUUCUUGGCCUGUGGCCUUGAACAGUGGCCUUUUCGACCUAAUGUAAAAGGAAGAUUUUUUAAUUUAAAAUUUGUAGUAUAGACGAAUCGUUAUUGAGGAACAAUGUUAAUCAAAAAAGUAUUUGCUUUUUUACUAAUGUUUAUGAAAUUUGAAAACGUUACAAAUUUUUCCCUAAAACAUCAUGUACGCAGGAAUAAAAUAUAGGGCAUAUUGUACCAAAAUUUGAACAAAAAAUCAGAAUUCGGCAAAAGAAUGAAAAGCACUGAAUUUCUCCUAAGUUGUAUGUGUGUAUAUAAAAUGGAAUGGAUUAUUAAUCAAUUAAAUUAAUGGAAUUUGAACAUUCUUGACGCGUUUCGAAAGAAGUGUGGAUAAGAAACAUAUAGACAAGUGUUCUCCUGUGAAUGUAAGAAAGCAUCUGUAAAUAACAAAGUUCUUAUAUGGAAAAAGUAAUUAUUAUAUUAUUAUAUACAAUUUCAAUGAUAUUACAAGACAUUUUUUUGUUUUUAAGAAUCAUUAUUUUAGUAAGCAUGUGUAGUUAUGUUCUUUAUUGCGGGAAAGUACAUUUAGUGUAACAAUACUUAUUUCUAUUAUAAUUUUUUGAAGAUUAAUUGUGACAUAUAAAUCUUAUGUAGGUGUAAAUAAAAUAGAUUUUCGCUCAUA